AUGGCUUUGGCACCGACAACCUACCUUUACCACCAUAUAGUGCUUCCCCCGAAGCUGCCUCAGGAGAACGACCAUGUUAACUCACACGAGCGGCAUCUCUUUAGCGUCGUCAUUCAGGUGCUGAAAGAUCUGAGGGACAACGUGAGAAAUGAGCACAUUGAGGCUGUCACUUCGGCUAUAGCAACGAUCGAGAACCUUCGAGACGGCCGAGAUCACUAUGGAGACGUUAGCGAGGCCCAGUUGCUUGCUCUUCUUACCAAACUCACUCAGGGCGAGACCACGGGGGCAGUGCCGCUCGAAAUCAAGGCGCAGAACGCUGGUAUUCUUGUGAGCCGUUGUUCAGACAAUCUAUAUUUCGAGUUUUUCGAACUCUCGCCCACCAACGAGGCCGCAAUGCGUUCAGGACGGCUUACAAGGACGUUCCCCGGCCACGCUUCGAGGAUACCAGUCACAAAAAUGGCAGAAUUGGAACUGCAAAAGACUCUCGCCAGCACCAUCGCUAAGAUGACGACACAAACUGCGCCAGGCUUCCAGCCACAGGUUCGCAAGAAUGGCGAGAUGCUUGAUGAAGACCGCGAUACGACUCACCCUGGGUUGGUGACGGACUUCCUCAUGAAUAUGAUCGCGGCUGUAGGCGAGGCAACUGAUGUACCGGGCAUCAUCAAGAACACCCGCGAAGAGACACUAUGGAGCAACUGCCUACAGCCAUGGCGACGAUCCCCACUGUGGCUACUGAUACGUGUAUCACUGCAGCUCCUGUUCGCUCGCAACGACGGCAAUACGCGAUCUUCCGGUAAGCUUUAUAAAGCUUUCAUGAUAUUUAUGCUGUCCCAAUUGCUUGAAUCGGCAAAAAACAACUGGCAGCAACUAGGCAGUGAAGUUCUUCACAUAAUAACUGUAAAGUUGGCCCGCCGAUUACGCAAGUUCGAACUUCUAGGUCAAGACGAAUGUCUUCAGCCGCAUUGGGCGACGUCAAUUCAAUCCGGCAUCACCAGUGCACAUAACAUCAUCAAAACGCAUUGGCAAGGCCUUGUGGGCGACACUCAAGCCAACAUCGACACAGCUGCAGUUCGUACUCUUCGACCUACGGCUGAUCUUGAUUUACCCCUCCCGGAGUUAGACACAUUUCUCUCCGAGGUCGCUACUCGACAGCGCAAUAUUUCCUCCUCUAGCUUCAGGCCUACCUCAGAGUAUCUUGAUUUUCCUGCUGCCGAGCUACCAGACAGCCUAGCCGGCCCCGAAGCAGACACGUACUUUCGCUUGGCAGCAUUCGAAAAGUGGGUUGAGAAACACCUCAGGACUUGGAUUUUGUUGCAUCUUAACGAUGUGAAUACGUGUGGGAGGCUUCGUCGCCUAAUAGAGCACUAUUACGCUUGUGCCAAUACUGCUUACGCCGGGAUACCAAUCGGCCUGUCACUCAUGUACCUAACUGUUACCGAACUUUGGGCAGCCUGCGACGUCUCUGCGUGCAUCAUUCAUCCUUUACUGCAUGAAUACGAUCCCGAGAUCUGUUUAACCGAGUUUCAAUGUCUCGUACUUCCCUUGAAGAGCCAGAUGAAGCGCCUACACGAAGUCGAAUGCUACGUCAAAUCACGACGGGAUGCAGCAUACAAAAGCCAACCUUCUGUAUAUCGCAAUUUUGGUCAUGCUUCAUCAUUCGCCGUCAGAUUUUUUGAGCAGUCCGACGACCUUCAGGCUACACUGUCACAUAUCGAGCAGGACGCAACCGAGAAGCGGGCACAAAAAUGCGAGGAGUUAAAGACAAUGAAACGCGAAUAUACCACACUAAUGGACCACUAUAAUAAUAGUGCCUGCGAAACACAUGAAGCAUUGACCGGCAGCUAUCAUGGGUUUGCGGAAACUCGACACAAGUCGGAUUGCUCUCGAUGCGCAUGCAAAAGCGUGGCAGCUUCUCUAACUAUCCAGAUCUACGAGUGGCCACUUUCAUCUGUACCGUCCGUUGCGAAAGCGACUGUAUUUGAGUUGAAGGUUCCACAGGCUUUUAGCGACUGGCGUGAUGCUUCAAGGUACUUCAUCAUGACCGUACUGCGUCACCGAGACAAGUUUGCUACAAAGCCAGAGUGUUCAUACACUCUCGACAAACACGCUGGACUUUUUCAGAUGCUCUCCUCACGGUAUAGAGAACGGCAAAUAGUGCUCUUGUCUUCCAUCAAGCCGCACACUGUCACUCACCGGAGGUUCCAGAAGGCAAUUCCCCAUUUGAACGAUGAUGAUGUGUGUCUGAAGAACGCGCUGCAAUAUGCUUACUACGACAAAUCGCAAGACUUUAUAAAUUCUGCCGCUCCAGUCUGCACGGAAGAGUUACCGAAGCAGUGCAUGUAUCAAAUACCACUACGGUCGAACGCCCUGAAGCGCUUCCUAUACAAGCCACCUUCCAAUCCGGAUGGCUUACCACCAAACGAAGUGAUUGCUAGUUUGUCUGACUGCCCCGCCCACCUCUCGAUUGAGGAGUACAAAGCGUUAGGAGCAAUGCCACUCGGUAGUCGCAUUAUCUACUCGAACAUACUCGCACAGUUGGCGAUACCUACGGUGGACCUCACUAAGGUCGAGACCCUGUGCUUCAUUCUCCAAAUUGUGCAACAAGUCGGACUGCCAGACAAGCAUAUUGAACGCCAAAGCCACUACGUUCUUACGGAAGCCUCUUUCGGUCAUGCCAUGCUCGGACAGCUUGAGAUUGCACUACAACGUGUCGCGGAGAACUGGGAGUCUUGGAGGGCUUUGGCAUCAUAUUCUUUGCUCGCUCGACGCUUGCUGAGUUUCUCGUUAUGUUCUGAGGUUCUUGAGCGUAGCCUCGACUAUCUCGCAGAAUUGCGUCGAGUGUUCUUGCGUUGGGCUGAACGUCUAAAGCAAAGGGCACAUUCCUCCGCAGACAUUAAGCAGAGAGACGAGCUGUUUUCGCGGGCAAUUGAAAUUGCUCUACUGUGCACUAGCACGUACGAUGUUGAGGAAGCGCACAUAGAAGAGAUCCUCCAGCAACAGCCCGCAAUUUCGACGUUCCUACGGUGCUCGAUUCUAGUACAGGAUAACCAUCGGUCUGUUCGACCCGAAUUUCCGGCCCUUUACAAGACCAUGUUCCAGUCAUGGAGAGCGCUGAUGUAUCGCGUAUUGCCGAAAUUACGCAAGCGCAUCCUCCUCGACAACACAGAACUCAACGAGGUCGUAACAGCCAAUUGGGCUGCAUUUCAACCAGCAUUGGCGUCUCGUUGGGUCUCACUCAACAAACCACAUGAGCAUUGGCUCCACAUACUAUCCGGUACACUUCCGGUACACUUCAACUUGCUCACCGCAAAGCUAGUUGUCAACGGACUUCCAAUAGCUCGGUUACCUUGGCAAUUCAUACGCCAUUCAAUGUACUUUCCCCUAUUCCAGAAGUCUAUGCUGGAAGUAGUGCCGACGGACGAGCAUGGGAUGACGUUUUCUGCAAAGACAAAAUAUCAUGGCCACAAGCUCUACUUGGGGCUCAAGGAUGAGGAAAUGCUUGUAGUGGCUGUUGGGGACAACUCUAGAUUGGAUCUACUUCCUUCUAGUUUAUUUCAGGACCGGUUACCACACGCAUUCGUCACAAACUUCAUUCAUUGGUUCGAUCACACCAAGGGUGAAGUUGUCUUUCGGUCUCGAGCGACCCCAUGGUCAUGCAAUCCUGGAGACUGGAACCUUAAACGCGAUGAUAGUGCUAGAACAUGGCGUUUAGUGAAAGGUUCGAGCACUUUAGUUGACCGGGCAAGCAAUUCUGCACGCGUUCUAUCAAGGAUGUUCCGAUCAUUGGAAGAUGCGAACCACAUUCACGUUGUACUCGACUCCAUAUCUCAGACGAUUGAUAUACAGCUUCCGAGAUUACAACUUGGCUUCUUCGUUGAGCACAAUGAUGCCAGAAUAUAUUCGCGGCAGUAUCGUGGAAUGAUCGUUGAUGAUAAUCAAGGCAUCGGUACUCUGGUAGGCUUGUCCAGCAAGCUUGUGCUGCAAAAAUCUGGCCAUGAACGUCUGGUUCUUAUACCGGUACCACACAAGCCUGGAUCUCAAUCUAUCAGGUACGCGAAGGACUCUGAUCUCCACCAUGUUACCGUCGAUAUCAACAAAGACGAUGUAAGUGGAGUGUACGUAUACUCCCUUGACAAGGUCCUUGGGAGAAUACUGGAUACUGGAGACAUACAGAGUCGGCUUUUUCUCUGCUACCUAUCUGCACUCACAUCCCAUUGUGUGCCAGACCCUUUUACUGGGUAUACUGGAACAGAAGCAGCUCUUACAAUCCUGCAGUCGGCCGCUCUACUAUCGUUCAGCACCCUCACACAGACCAAUAUCGAGUUUCUGGGUCAGAUAGCAGCUCUCUCACCCAGGAGGUCUUUCUACCCCGCGAGUGAGAUGGUCAUGCAGCAAAUCGCCUGGGACCCAGAUUUACCCUCUCUCUCACAACAUCCGUCCCUUUCUUCGUUCGUGCAUACUAUUUUCGAGCAGGCAGGAAAGAUGCAGUUGUUUUAUCCGGAAAAUAACACCUGCGGACUUAUCAACAAGAUUCAACAUCGAUUAUUUUCAAGCUCUCACUUGGACAAGCGUGAUGCUAUUCGAUCAUCGAUAUUCCGUGUUUCAGGAUUCGGUGCCGAACAAUAUAGCACCAUUCACGAUGUCCAGUACGACGCACGAGACAGACAGCAGAACUCAGAGAGGGGUGAACGUGCGUUCUUAGCUGCCACAUUGAUCGCCAGAGAUACAGCUGCCCUCCAUCAGUUGGUCCCUGAUCUCAAAGACAACCUUCUGCAGAUGCAUUUUGGUACCGCCCUGAUUCGGGGUAUAAAGAGCUCUUUCUGUCCGUCCAAUCUUCGAUUCGAUUCAAAAUGGCUGGAAGACUCUUCCACGCAUCUGACUGAACUGUGGUGCAGUCUUCAUCAUGGCUUGGCUAACGCAUCUGGUGACUGCAACAAAUUCGACAUAAUGGCAUGGCUAGCUACCAUGGCAUACGCAACAUCAGCCGACAUAAAUGCUAUACAAGCUCUCUCAGCGUUUUACAGACUCCAACGCGUCGCCGAGAUAGAGCCGCCCUCUGCGUAUGAGUAUGAUCUGGAUUUCGGGGCUACCUGUAGACUUGCAGAGGUUCACACCGAAAUCCAACGCUUCGCUAGACCCUACAGAGGAUCUGCAGAGGCGAGGCUUCCAAGACAAGCCCUUGAGACAGAUCGACAGCACACCGAGAGGACAUAUGCUUUGUUCCAAACUCGCCAGAAUGCAGCGAUUGCGAAUUUGUCGUCUGCUCUACAACUACAGUGGCCAGUUCGAAACCCUUCGACCCCACGGUCGACUGAAUUCAACGCAUAUCUCAGAACUUCCGCCGCAGUGUCAAAGGUUUCGGUCAUGUUCAAUGACUGGUACGAUAAUCGGUGCUUCCUCGAGUAUCUUCAGGAGAUCUCAGUUGCGAUGGCACGUCAAGAAGAAUUGGCAGUGCUCCCUUCGUGCUACAAUCUCGCAUUGGUAUCUGAGAAGCGUAGCCUGAGUGAUGAAGAUCGUCAUUUCAGCACGAGAGGAAUAUUUGCCGGAAUUCCACCUACCAUAUCAAGGAAUUGUAAGUGUUAUCUAUACCAGAGUUCGCCUCUCUCGCUAAUACCUCCUUGCGAGCCUGAACUACUAAUUGUGGAGCAAUCUCUAUCAACUAGAAACCUGCAAAUGAAGAACCGACUUGAGAAUUUUUGCCACAGCCUACAGGCUUACGCCAAAUCGAAAUGCGAGAAAGACUAUGUCAACCAGUUACGCACUAGUUGCGCUGCUCUCGAUGAGCACAUCAGCAGCGACCAGACGCGCAGUGUAUUAGCCGCUGGUACUGAAGAUUUACUUCGAAGGUACCUCUACGAUUGCGAAGAGUAUUUCGACAAGAUCAACCGUGCAUUGGUUCAAUGCAUCGAAAACAGCAAGUCUUUGAGCGACCAGCUUGGUUUUUGCAUACAAAACUCGCCUCGGAUAUCGCCGUCCUUCUGGCUUAGUCAGUUGCAUCGCGACCGCUUUGACUCCCUGUCAGAGCCAUGGAAGGCAAUCAUCAUCGAAUAUGGGCUGGCUAUCACACAUCUUCACCGCGCCCAGAGAUUAGUAGCUCUCUCUGAUAAGCCAAUUGACUUGGCUGAAGAACUCAAGCAUGUUCGCCACAGCAACUGGAAUGGAACAGACUCUUCAGAGACACUGCUACUUGAAGCCGAGAGUGGUAUCAUGGUCCGUAAGGAGCAAGAAUUCAUUGCGAGCCACAUGCGAUCGCCUCAAAACAGCAACAAUAUCGUGCUUCAGCUUCUCAUGGGCGGUGGCAAGUCUACAGUUGUGACCCCAAUGGUCGCUGCUGCCUUGACGGACAAGCAUAAAGUUAUUGUUGCAAAGCCUCAGAGCAAGCAGAUGCUGUAUAUGCUUAUUUCCAAGCUUGGUGGUCUCUUGAAUCGACGCAUAUACCACCUGCCAUUUUCGAGAGCGCUGAAGAUAACCGCAGAUGAUGCUAACAUGAUACAAGAGCUGUACCGAGAAUGCAUGGUUACUCGAGGUGUGCUCUUGAUUCAACCCGAGCACAUACUAUCAUUCAAGCUAAUGGGCAUCGAGAUGCUUUUGUCGAAUCAAGACGAAGCAGCACGUUCGAUGUUAUCUACACAAGAAUUCUUUGAUGCGAUGAGUCGGGAUAUUGUGGACGAAAGCGACGAGAAUUACAGUGUCAAGUUCGAACUCGUCUACACCAUGGGAUCUCAGCAAUCUAUCGACUUCGCCCCGGAACGAUGGUUGAUCAUCCAAGAAGUUCUCGGCCUUGUCCCUCGAUUCGCUACGCAAGUGAAGAACAGUCUACCUCAAGCCGUUGAUAUCCAAGACAAUGGCGAUGGAAAGUUCCCUCGAAUCAGGCUCCUUCGCAGCGAUGCAGCCGACCUGUUGCUGGAUUUGCUUGCUAGACAUGUCGUCGAAUGGGGCAUAUCCGGACUCCCUUCUCACUCACAACCACCGAAUGUACAAGCUGCAAUUCUCCGUUACAUCACCCAAGCAGACCUGAAGAUGGAGGAUGUCAAGGCUGUUGAGGAUAGCAAGUUCUGGACCGUAGCCACGAAAUCACCUUUGCUCUUGGUCCGGGGCUUAAUCGCUGGUGGCGUUUUGCGCUUCACUUUGAGUAAGCGAUGGCGUGUAAAUUUCGGUCUUGAUCCCGCCCGUACUUCUCUUGCAGUACCUUAUCGAGCCAAGGACUCUCCGUCACCUCGGUCGGAAUUCUCGCAUCCAGAUGUAAUGAUCCUUCUCACACUGUUGUCAUAUUACUACGGUGGGCUCAGUGACGAAGCGCUUUUUGACACGAUGGCCCACGUUUCCGAUUCAGAUCAAGCAGCGAUCCACUAUGAUGAGUUUGUCACCACUGCAUCUUCUAGCCUGCCUGCAGCUUUCCGACAGCUCUCAGGUGUUAGCAUACGAGAUCGCCAUCAAUGCACCGUUGCUGUGUUUCCUGCAUUACGCUAUUCGAAAAAGGCCGUAGACUACUAUCUGUCGUACCUUGUUUUCCCAAAGCAGCUCAGGCAGUUCCCUAGAAAGCUGUCAGCCUCUGGAUGGGAUCUUGGUAUGAUGAAGACGCACCCAACGACUGGCUUUUCCGGCACCAACGAUACCUUGCAUCUUCUGCCUCUCGACGUCAAGCACCUAGAUUUGCCAAGUCAGAGCCACACAAAUGCGCAAGUUGUCAGCUACCUACUUCAGGACGAGACAUUGGUUGAGCCUCUUCCACCACGUACAAGGGGUAGCGAUGCGCAACAUCUACUCACUGUCAUUGAGAAACUCGACUCAGAUGUGAGAGUAAUACUUGACUGCGGUGCCACCAUCCUGGAGCAAAAUAAUGAACAAGUGGCAGAGAUUUGGUUGAAAAUGCGCACUCAUGACAUACAAGCCGUCGUGUUCUUCAACGACGAGGAAAUUUCGGUGCUGGACCGCACUGGCCGCAUCGAAUCCUUCCAGACCUCACCCUUCGCCAAAACCCUCGACGUCUGUCUUGUAUACUUAGAUGAAGCGCAUACGAGAGGUACCGACUUGAAGCUCCCACGAGACUACAGGGCUGCUGUCACACUUGGAAGCCAAUUGACCAAGGAUCGGCUGACACAAGCAUGCAUGAGGAUGAGAAAGCUUGGACAUGGACAAGCAGUUACUUUCAUCGUACCUGAGGAGGUAUCUACCAAAAUUCUUGAGCGAACAGGCAAGCCUAAUGCGCCGAUUGAUGUUUGCGAUGUGCUGUGCUGGAGCAUAACAGAGACAUGGCAAGAUCUGAAGAGGAGUAUGCCACUGUGGGCAGUUCAAGGUCUACGCUUUGAGAGCCAUAGGCACCUCUUGCGCGGCGCCAAUACGACGAAAGAUGAAGCGAAGGGAUUUCUAGAGGACGAAGCCCAAGACCUAGAAACUCGCUACAAGCCGCGUACUCGGGACGAUGAUGAUCAUCAGCUUAGCAGGUGGGACAUGUCAAACAAUAACAUAGCUCAGAUUGCGUCCCGAUGUCGCGACUUUGAAGCUAUGGGUUUUGGCUCUGUUUCAUUCAGCGAAGAACAGGAGAGGGAGCUAGCUCCUGAGAUCGAGGAAGAAAGACAGAUCGAAUGCUCUCCACCGAUGAGCGCUGAAUGGCACAGUGUUCACCGGGACCUUUGUCGACUGGUACUUUUUGGUGAGCUCGCAGUUAACUCUAGAGCCUGGAGGCCCGCCUUCAAAGCUUUGCACUCAACUAGUGCGGCAAAGCUCUUCAAUCUUGAUGGGUUCCCGACUUUCCCAUCGGAACUACUUGUCACCGAGGAAUUCAUGCGCACAGUCAAGAUUCCUUCCGAUGAUUGUGCGUCCUUUGUCUCUGACUCAUAUCAGCGACCGGUUCAGUUCAUCUUGUCUGUACCCAGUUGCCUCUUCAAGAAUAUCGUUCGACACUUCAUCAUCGUCAGCCCUGUUGAAGCCAACCUCUUACUCCCGCUGAUUCGUGAGUCGAACAAGGUGACUUUACACCUCUUCGCACCUCGUUCCAAUUCUAGCUUUGCACCUCUCGAUAAGCUCGAACUCUAUAACGUCGGCCACGAAUUCUCACCAGACUGGGUUUCCCGUAGCCUAACGAUGCAACUCAACCUCUUCGCCGGUAGCCUCUAUCUCCGCUCUGUCGCAGAGUACCACGAGCUAUGCGACUUCCUCGGAUUGCUUCGGACGACGGCGACGGAUGGUCAGCAGGUUUAUGCUGAUGGCUUCAUGGAUCCGCCUACCGGAAAGUGGGGCCUGCACAAGUCCCCGGUUCCUUUCCUGCGAGCAUUACUCAUGAAAAUCAGGCACGAGGGCGAAGGUUUCGAGAAAAAGACGCACAUGGGCAAGAUCCUGAACGGGGUGAGAUUGGAGGAGGGCGAUUUUAGGGCUGAGACUUAGUUGUUGAGGUUUACUAUGAGCGUGCUAGAUUUGUUGUGCGCAUCGCAUACGAGAGUCUUGGCCUUUCGACCAUGGUUUGAGACUAGAGUGGAG